GAUGCCGGCCUGCGGCGCGUUGCGGCCGCCUAGCGGUGCCAGGAGGAGGCCACCCUGUGGAGAGGUGAGAUGCAGAGGCAGCACCGCCAGCAUCUCUUCGACCAGGAGUUGGAGGGCGGGACCCUUCAAGGCGGUGCUGGAGAUGCUCGACCAGGGCCACGACGUCGACGGGGCCGACGCGGACGGGAACACCGCGCUGCACUGGGCCACGUGGUUCCGACUGGAGGCUCUUGCCGAGCGGCUGGUCGAGCGCGGCGCGCGGGUGGACGCGGCGAAUUCGCAGGGCGAGGCGGCGGUGCACUGGGCGGCAAAGUCCUCCAACGUCCACUCGCUCGACACCAUGACCCGGGGCGACCGCGGCCUCCUCUCGCUCCGCGACUGCGACGGCUUCACGCCCUUCCUCAUCUCGGCGCAGAACGACAACGCGCCCGUCAUGGAGUGGCUGUACCUGAAGGGGAUCAGCGUGGAGGAGCAGGACAACUGGGGGCGGACGGCUCUGCAGUGGGCCUGCUACAAGGCCCGCGCCCCCGCCGC